AUCCGUCAGUUUUACUCCAAUUUCUCUUCAUCGGCAAUUUUUUUUACUGAUAAGACUAAUAUUUACCAAAAAUGUGUAUAAAGUUUGAACUAUUCGUUGUCAUGAUGAUACAAAAAACGAGAGCCGGGUGGCAGAAACGUGAUUCUCUUUUCGCUAUCUCUGCCACUGUCAGUAAUAUUUUGUUUCCUACAACGUUAACUUGAAGUACGAUUAUCUUCUCGUCAUCAUUGAAAUUAGUUAAUAAAAAUAAGCGCCAGAGUUUUGUAUUGUACCAGCAAAAUGAAAGGAAGUGGAUCAGAAAACAAUUUCAAAACAGGUGCCAUUGAUUUCACGGCAGGUUCCCUAGGUGGUGUCGCGCAAGUGUAUGUCUCCCAACCAAUGGAUACUGUUAAGGUGAAACUUCAAACAUUUCCUAAACUCUACAAAAACAUGAUUGACUGUUCUAUUCAAACAUAUCGUAAAGAUGGCAUAUUUCGUGGACUCUAUGCGGGCAGUAUUCCAGCAGUGGCUGCCAAUGUGGCUGAGAAUUCUGUUCUAUUUGCAGCCUAUGGUGGUUGUCAAAAGUUGAUAGCAUACACGCAAGGCGUGGAAAAUACUAAAGAUCUAUCGGUGCUGGGGAAUGCGUUUGCAGGUUUCUUGGCUGCAUUCUUCUCUACAUUCACAUUGUGCCCUACAGAAUUGGUCAAAUGUAAACUACAAGCAAUGCGUGAGACUGGAGGGACAGUAGGAAAAGACAUAAAAGCACAAAACAUAACACCAUUCCAGCUAACACGUCAAAUAUUCAGAACAGAGGGUAUUGCAGGAUUUUAUCGAGGCCUUACCUCAACUUUCAUGAGAGAAAUGCCAGGUUAUUUCUUUUUCUUCGGUGGCUACGAAGGAACUCGAGAAUUUCUUGCAAAGCCUGGUCAAUCGAAAGAAGACAUUGGAGCUUUGAACACAAUGAUAGCGGGCGCUGUUGGUGGUGUUACACUCUGGGUGAUGGUUUUUCCUGCAGAUGUUAUUAAAAGCCGCAUUCAGGUUAAUAACUCAAAAAGCAGCAUGACCUCCGUUGGACUGCACAUAAUUAGAACUGAAGGCUUUGCUGCACUCUAUAAUGGUCUGCUGCCAUCUGUGUUAAGGACAAUACCUGCAACUGCGACGCUUUUUAUUGUUUAUGAAUAUACCAAAAAGGUUCUCGAAGGCAGGCACUAGAUGAAUUUUUUUUAAUAAAGUUGAUGGUUUUUUUUCUAUUUUUACAAUGUUGAUAA